AUGCCGACCGCUAUUGCCCAACUUCUCCUUCCGGGCUUGUUCCUCGGAUUGCCGUGCCUCGCACAAUACGCAUAUGGAGCCCCCUCCGCAGCAGCAACAUGCGAGACAAUCAGUUCCGCCUUGCCAGGCAAAGUGGAAAACCAAAACUCGUCAAUCUUCAAAGAGACAACUACCUACUGGUCUGCCCGACAGGACCUGACGCCUGGCUGCGUCGUUCUGCCGACAUGCGCUGAAGACGUCGCGAAGGCUCUCGUGCUUGUGACCAACAUGAGCACCCCAUUCACAGUGAAAAGUGGAGGACAUAGCGGCUUUGAUGCUGCAUCCAGCAUCCAAGGAGGAGUGCUUAUUUCUUUGGAGAUGAUGAACAGCAUUGAAAUCGCAGACGAUCUUGGCACGGUUGCAAUCGGCCCCGGCAAUCGCUGGAUCAAUGUCACUCAGGCGGUCGAACCUCAUGGUAUUGCCGUCGUCGGCGGCCGCAGCCCUCUGGUCGGUGUUUCGGGAUUCCUCUUAGGAGGAGGACUGUCGUUCUUGCUAGGCAAGCGCGGCUUGGGGUGCGAUAACAUCCGGAACUUCCAGGUCGCCCUGGUCUCCGGCGAGAUUGUCGACGCGAAUCCAUCCCAAAACCCGGAUCUCUACUGGGCUCUUCGAGGCGGCGGCGGAUCCAGUUUCGGCAUCGUCACCAGAUUCGACCUCGAGGCGUACGAGCAAGGCGACAUCUGGAGCCGGCUAUCAGUUUGGACUAUAGAAACCGUCAAUUCGGUCCUCCACACUUUUACCAAGGUCGCACGGGAAAUGAUGCACUCGGGACUGGAUCCAGACGCCCAUAUGAUGUUCGGCAUAAACUUUGCUGGCCCUGAUACCGCAAGCCCGAAAACGAUGGUCUUCGGUUUCCACCUGAAUCUCAGCUCUCCGUAUGCUCCUGGCGGCGAGUUUGAUACCAUGGCCUCCUUUGGCGACCCGGCACUCCCAGGGGCAUUGUUGAAUACGUCGCAGGUCAUGGGCCUUUCGGAUACGAUCCUCCGCACUACCAGCGCUGGCGGCGGCUUCGGUAACCGAGAGUCAUGGUACUCGACCUCCAUCUCCGAUCGUGCGGACAGCGAUGCCUUUAUGGACAAGCUCAUUGCAGCCUUCACCACUUGGGGCGCUGAUGUCCGAGCGCAGAUGACUGCUCGAGGGGACAUGCUCAACAUGAGUAUGGUCUUUCAGCCCCUUACCAACCCGGCCCUCGAGGCCAUGCAGAGGAAUGGCGGCAACCCCACGGGCCUCCGGCCCAAGGAGUUCCCUACCUACAUCGUCUCCUUCCCGACGAGCUGGAGCCUGGCAGCCAACGACGACUUCCUCGACGCCAGCAUGCAAAAGUUCGUCUCGGACCUGGACGCCAUGGCGAAAGCUGACGGCUGCGGCGCUGGCUACGAGUACAUGAACUACGCGGGCAAGUUCCAGAGCCGGAACGGGACGGUCAUUGCCAGCUACGGGCCGGAGAAUCAAGAGCGGCUCCGCGCUAUCGCCAAGAAGUACGACCCUCAGGAUCAACUGCGCACGCUCUGGACCGGUUACCACAAGCCUUGA